UUUUUACAUUCUGCUUCUCACACAGCGACGACGCCCGAUAUAUUUUGCGUGUAUUAGAGGAUCUAAAUUUCCUAUUUGAGGAAAAAUACAGUGUAGGAGGAACUUGGCAAAUUGACAGGGCGCAGUCAAAAUUCUACAGACUUUAAAGAGUUUUACAAAUAGUUAAUACACUCUACCAGCAGUCAUGGACAUGGGGGAUAACACUAAAAUCAAGAAUGAGCUAAUUCACAAGGCAAAACUGGCAGAACAAGCCGAGAGGUACGAUGACAUGGCAGCUGCAAUGAAGAAGGUGACCGAAAUGAAGAUGACGUUGUCGAACGAAGAAAGGAAUCUGUUAUCUGUAGCAUACAAGAAUGUUGUCGGAGCAAGGCGGUCAUCAUGGAGAGUUAUCAGCAGUAUUGAGGCCAAGGAGAGUAAUGCCGACGGUUCUUCAAACGCACAGACCAUGCAGACUGAAAGGAGAAAGGUCUUGUCAAAGGGCUACAGGGAGAAAGUAGAGAAGGAGCUUGAGGACAUCUGCGAGCAGGUUUUGGAAUUGCUUGACAAAUUUCUCAUACCCAUUGCUGAGAAUGAAAUCAAGAUUGACAAAGACAAAGGCGAAAAAGAUUCACAGAAUGCAGAUAGCCAUGUUUUCUAUCUUAAGAUGAAGGGAGACUACUACCGCUACUUAGCCGAGGUGAAGAAGGAUAGCAAAAAAGAUGAAAUUGUUGAAAAAUCCAAGAUGGCAUACCAGGCAGCAAUGGAACAAAGCCAGACAAAUAUGGCACCAACACAUCCCAUCCGACUUGGACUGGCAUUGAACUUUUCAGUUUUCUACUAUGAAAUUCUCAAUCAGCCAAAUGACGCCUGUGAUCUGGCCAAGAAAGCAUUUGACCAGGCCAUUGCAGAACUGGAUCAACUUCAGGAGGAUUCAUACAAAGACAGCACGCUAAUUAUGCAGCUACUCAGAGACAAUUUAACUUUGUGGACGUCAGAUAACGCCGAUGAAGCAGGAGACCAAGAAGACCCCCAACAGUAAAAUUACUUUAGCUGAAUUAUAGGUGUGCCAUAAAUGUUCUCAUAAUCACAAAUAGUGUAUCCAAACAAAUAGCUUGGAUAAAGCAUUCAAACUCUUCAAUGUCUCAUUUACCCAUUCUGGAGAUAGAAAGGAAAGAACGAAAAGGGCUUGGUGACUUAAAAGGAUGUGGAAAAUGAGUGUUCAAUGGUGAAGGGUGCUUAUGUUGACGCAUUGAAGACACCUAGUGUUUACAUGUCUGUGGCAGAUGGAUUUUUGAGCCUAUGGUGUAAGUUUCUUUUGCAACCAAAUUGUGUCACAAUCUUUUGAUUGAGGAAAAAUUGUAAACUGACAGUUGAACUAUCAAAUAAUUCUGUUCGUUUCUGUAGGUAUUUCUAAAAAAUGAAGAUCAGUCACUGUUCAGUGUUAAAUGGCACCGACUCCGUGCCAUGCAUGUUUUUGUAGCUAUCACAUCUUCUGAAGGGUUCAAAUUGUAUCAAAGGUAUACAAAAACUAAACUAAACAAUAAAAAACAAAUAUGUGGAAAGGGGAAUGAAUUUAAAGAGCAUCAGACUAGGUAUGCAUAAAGUACUUGCCUUUGUGAAACUUUACAUUUUAUUGUGUGCAGAGUAAGGAUCUGGCCAAAUAUCAGCAGAGAGAGAGAGAGAGAAAAAAAAAAUGUCUUUAUUUAUUUCUAGCAAUCUAUUUACAAUGUACAUGUCCAUGUCUAUGUUAUUGCUAGAUAGAUUAUUUUGUGAUAUUUUUUUUUGAUGAAACUGAACUUAAAGGAUUCCAUGAUGCAUUUAAUUGAUUGUUUAUUGCACUUUUUGUAAUUGCCUUUGAAUAUCCCAGAACCAUACACUAACUGUGGGUUAGGACUCGUAUUUAAUCUGUUUCCCUCUGUUUAGAAUGGACUAAUGCCAUAGGAGAUAGCAAUCACCCAUGACCCUUUUUAUUUAAUUUUUUAAUUUUAUCAAUUUUACUGUUGAUAAUACCCCUUGAGGCAACAGUAGGAAACAAACUUGUUAUGAGUUGGUUACUGCAGUAUGUAUCACCAAUUGAGACUUCUUUGUAAUUGCUUUUGUUUGAAGUGACAGUUUAUUUGUAACCCUCCUUCAGUCGACCAACACUGCACUGAAUCUCACGUUCAUAGAAUUCGAAAGGUGGAAAUGUCUAUUUUCAAAGGUUGUAUUUUUGUUUAUGCUGUAAUAUUGCACAUCUUCCUGUGGUGCACCAGUAAUAUUCAUUAGGAUGUUUUGAUACAUGUCUUGCCCUGGAGGUUAGGUUGCAUUUUGUCAUUUGACUGAGGCUCUACUUGAACAAAACUUGCAAUACAUGUAAAGAGAAGAUGCUAUUUACGCUUGGCAUCGGCACGAGGCGGUCAUCCAAUGGGAAGGAUUAAGAUGCAAUUGACAAAUGUACUCCAAGUGGGAAAAGGGAAGUUGACAGAUAUAUGCAUAGAUGAGAAAAUUCAUUGAUAGCACUCUACCAGUUCCUUUGCGAUGCAUUGGAUCACAUGUUUAUUUAAUAUCUGUGUCGUUGUGAAUGUUUCUGGUUCAAUAUGUAUCGGAAAUGUAGCAUUUAUGCAUUUUUUUAUUUGUGAUAACAGAUUUGACAGACAAGUGUAAUUGAACUAUAAAUUGAAUAUUAUGUUUUACUGUGUAGUAAUUUGUGAUAUAUUCUUCCUGCAGGGACAACUGUAUUUUUUUCUUCAUUUUCCCCCAUUUGCCUUAGAUAUUAGGUUGUUAAAAAGGUGAGUUCUGUAGAUUAGAUAAUUUUAGAGAUUAGAAUGCAUUGUCUGAAAAUAGGAAUGUAUACAUAUAUGUACUUGUUCUGUAUUGUUGCUACAGAACCGUCUCAUGGCUUUGAUAAUCAAACCAUCUGCAUUUUUAUUUUGCCUACAGUAAUCGAUGCAUUGAGAUAUGUGUGCCAUGCAGAGAUGGCAAACAUGUACUUGAGGUCCUUUCUACUCGUACUAAACCCCCAAAUGCGUGCUUAUUUUGGGAAAUUUACAAAUCAUUACUAGUGAUGUUAGAAGUCUAUGGAACUUGUAUAAUUUAGAUGAAUUGCUAACAAUGCAUAGUACGUGUAUUUUUGUCCAGUAAAAGAAAUGCUUCCCAGGACGUAUUCAGUACCAAAUUUAAAGGAUUUUCUUUUUCUUCUUUAAGAUAUUCUAUCUUCAUGUAUUGUGUUAAUAUGAAGAGAAAGUUUGUGGUUGUCUCACAACUCCAUUCUCUGUUAAGAUAGAAAUAUAAACUCACAGUUAUGCUAAAUCGCUAAUGAUAAUCAUGGCCGUAAGCUAUUAACAAUUGAAGAGAAAUGCAUGCAUUUUAAGCUGAAAAAAAGUUGUAUUACCCUAACAUUGUAUCCUGUGAAACUGUCGUUGCACAGUUAAACAAUUAUAAUGUCUGUUGUCUGGAAA